AUGCGACGUCAAGGACCAGCUGCAAGAGUGCCUGUUGAUUCUGAGAUAGAGAAGACUUGUCGGCAAAACAGAAGAAACAAAAGGUUGGAAAGAGUUGUACAAAGGAUUGAGCAAGAGGAAGUUAUGGCCAACAACGGUAAUAAUGGGGGUGUCGUAGAAGACCAGGCUAAUGGUCAGAAUCCACCCGACCGUAGCCUGAGGUACUAUGUGUUGCCAACAAUGGCGGGGGUCCAGUCUUGUAUAAGACCACAUGUUGUAGAUGCAAACAAUUUUGAGAUAAAGCCAGCCAUACAUCAGAUGGUUCAAUCCACAGUCCAGUUUGGGGGACUACCCACUGAAGACCCAAGCAUGCACCUCUCUAACUUCAUGGAGCUCUGUCAGACAUUUAAGAUGAAUGGAGUCACGCUGAAGUUCCUUUCCAAGUUCUUCCAUCCAGCUAAAGCAGCUAAGUUGAGAGGAGAGAUCAAUAAUUUUUCUCAGUUGGAUAAUGAGUCUCUUUAUGAAGCUUGGGAGAGAUUCAAGGAAUUGAUAAGAAAGUGCCCGCAUCACGAAAUAGAGAAAUGGAUGCUAGUCCAUAAUUUUUAUAAUGGGUUGUGUGGUACUACUCGCACACUCAUUGAUGCAGCAGCUGGUGGUGCGUUUAUGAGAAAGAACGCCAAUGAGGCAUAUGACUUGUUGGAGGAAAUGGCCAUGAAUAAUCAGCAGUGGCCAAGUGAAAGAAGCUUUUCAAGGAAAGUGGCCGGUAUGUAUGAAGUGGAUGCAAUUUCGAAGUUGACUGCUCAAGUUGAGGCCUUGACUAAGCAAUUGCAAGGCAAUAUAAUAACAUCUCAAGUGCAACAGGCCCAGACUCUGUGUGAAGUAUGUGGGGGCCCUCAUGCCUAUGAACAGUGUCAGUAUGCUAAUGUAAACAACAUGCCUAUGGAGCAAGCUCAAGCUAUUGGGAAUUUUCCUCGACAAAGCAACAAUAACCCUUAUUCCAAUUCCUUCAAUCAAGGGUGGAGGAAUCAUCCCAAUUUUUCUUGGAAGAAUGAUCAGCAAGGCCAAUCUUCAAACCAACUGCAGCAGCAACAACCUCAACCGCCCACUCAUCAUCAGCAACAACAAAAUUCUGGUGGAAAUUCUAAUGCUCAGUCAGAUGUGUUAAAGCAAUUCAUGGCUGAAACUCGGUCUUCUAUUAGAAAUCUGGAGACCCAAAUGGGACAAUUGGCUACUCCCAUGGCUAAUCGUGCCCAAGGUAACUUGCCUAGCACCACUGAAGUCAAUCCGAAAGAGAAUUGCAAGGCAAUCACGUUAAGAAGUGGGAAGAAUUAUGAGGGACCAAGUGAGAAGCAGCCAGUUGAAGAAGUGGGUCAGGAUCAACAGGCACAGGCACCGGCACAAGAGGAAAAGAAGCACAGUGAGAAAAAGGCUACUGAAGGUAUACCAACAAAAGAAACUUUGCCAUCAAUUAGUAUUGAGCAUCACAUAAAGAUUCCCUACCCCCAAAGGCUCCGUAAGAACAACAUGGACAAGCAGUUUACUAAAUUCCUGGAAGUAUUCAAGAAACUGCACAUCAACAUUCCAUUUGCGGAGGCCUUAGAGCAAAUGUCGAGCUAUGUCAAGUUCAUGAAGGACAUCUUGUCCAAGAAGAGGAAGAUGGAGGACUUUGAAACUGUGGCAUUGACGGAAGAGUGUAGUGCUAUUCUGCAAAAGAAGCUCUCUCCUAAACUGAGAGAUCCUGGGAGUUUCACAAUGCCAUGCACUAUUGGGAGAAUUGAGGGAAUAAAUGCUCUUUGUGAUUUGGGGGCUAGUAUCAACCCAAUGCCAUUGUCAGUUUUCAAGAGAUUGCAACUUGGAGAAGCCAAGCCAACAACUGUAACUUUGCAACUAGUCGAUCGUUCGUUGGCACAUUCAAGAUGGGUAAUUGAAGAUGUCCUUGUCAAAGUGGACAAGUUUAUUUUUCCUGCCGAUUUCAUAGUUCUUGACAUGGAAGAGGAUAGCAAUGUUCCCAUUAUCCUUGGGAGGCCCUUCUUGGCAACAGGACAAGCACUUAUUGAUGUUCAGAAAAGGUGA